AUGGACCACUCGCAUAUGGACCACAGCGGCAUGGACAUGGGCGGCGACCGCUGCAGCAUGAACAUGCUCUUCACCUGGAAUACAAACAACCUCUGCAUCGUCUUCCGCCAGUGGCACAUCCGUGGCCCAGGCUCGCUCAUCCUCUCCCUCCUCGCCAUCGUCGCCAUCACCGCCGGGUACGAGGCCCUCCGCGCGGCCGCUCGCCGCUACGACGAGCGUACCACCCGCCAUCCCGACGCGCUGCCCAACCUCCUCUAUUCCUCCAUUUCCAGUCACGAUCAGACACAGCAGCAGCAGCAGCAACCAGCAGUGACUGAAUCAACCCCGUUCCUCACACCCACCAUCAUCGCAGGACGAAACAGCAACUCCACUUCCACGAACGGCGGCGGCGGCGACUACAGCAGCAACAACGGCGGCACAAGCAAGCAGGUCCGCCUCGUCAAGUCGGCCCUGUACGGCCUGCAGAACUUCUACGCCUUCAUGAUCAUGCUGCUCUUCAUGACGUACAACGGCUGGGUCAUGAUUGCCGUCGCGGUCGGGGCCGGGGUCGGGUACUGGUUCUUUGGCAGCUCGGGGCAGGGGACGCGGGCGUACAAGGAGACGGCUUGUCAUUGA